AUGGCCAACCCACGCAUUGAGGAACUCCCGGACGAGCCCGAGAAGAAGAACGUCGAGGUCGAAGAUGCAGAGUCUGACUCUGACUCCGAGGGCGAGGCCGAGGCCGAGACUGGCGUCCCUGCAGGCGCCUCGGUCACUGUGCACUCGCGCAACGAGAAGAAGGCACGCAAGGCCAUUGGCAAGCUCGGCCUGAAGCACAUCGAGGGCAUCACCCGUGUCACUCUCCGCCGGCCCAAGGGAAUCCUCUUCGUUAUCAACCAGCCCGAUGUUUACAAGUCGCCCUCCAGCAACACCUACAUCAUCUUCGGUGAGGCUAAGAUCGAGGACUUGAACUCUACCGCCCAGGCCAACGCUGCCCAGCAGCUUGCUGCUCAGGAGGCCGCCAGCCACGACCACUCCGGCCAUGACCACGAGGGCCACGACCACGGCAAGGGCAAGGCUCCCGAGGACGCCAAGGAAGACGAGGAGGAGGACGACGACGACGAUGACGAGGAGGUUGACGACUCUGGUCUUGAGGCUAAGGACAUUGAGCUCGUCAUGCAGCAGGCGUCCGUGUCAAGGAAGAAGGCCGUCAAAGCACUCAAAGAGAACGACAAUGAUAUUGUCAAUUCCAUCAUGGCGCUCAGCAUAUAG